AUGCACCCCGUUCUUGCUAACCUUUCCGACACCUUGAACACGGCAUUUCGGGAUCAUGAUGGUUUUGCCAGUUCGAUGAGCGGUGAAGAUUCAGUAUCCAUCACGGUCUUGUCCACUGAUGCCGGCAACACUCCCUUGUUCGAUUUCCAUUACUCGUCUUCCAACCUCAACGAGAGUGCUGGGAGCACUCUUAAUGUUACUCAAGACUCGGUGUAUCGAAUUGGUAGCAUUUCGAAGCUCUUCACUGCCUACAUGCUUUUGGUCAACUACGGGUGGGAACAUUGGGACAAGCCAGUCACAGAUUUUAUACCCGAAUUACGUGGGCAUUCCAAGAGUACGAAUGAUGCAAUUGACUCUGUGGACUGGGAUGAAGUAACCAUUGGCUCCUUGGCAUCUCAUCUUUCUGGUAUUGGGAGAGACUUUAGCAAUGGUGACUUGGCGAGCCAAGACUUCCCCAGGGAAGAGGCUGGUCUGCCAAAGCUUCCGUCAAAGGAUGUUCCUGAUUGUGCGGGAAACUCUACUCUGCCGCCCUGCAACCGAAAAGGUAAAACUACUCUUACCAUUGCUCUAAUUGUUUCGCACGAGCCUAACACUUCACGGGUAGAAUACUUCGAGGGCUUCACUCAAAGACAUCCCAUCUUCGCCACCCAUAGCACACCCGUCUACUCGAACGCUGCCUACCGCAUUCUGGGUUAUGUACUUGAACGCCUCUCCGGGAAAUCGUAUCACGAUCUACUACAAUCAUCUGUUGUAAAGCCACUGCGUCUCAGUGGUACGGGCACGGAGCGGCCAACGGCCCACAAUGUCCCAGUGAUUCCCAACGGCGAUAGUGCGUGGUUUCAAGAUACCGGCGACGAAGCACCAACCGCAGGAUUGUAUUCCUCCUCACUGGAUUUGGCUCGUUUUGGCCAAGCAGUCCUGCAGAACCGGCAACUGUCUCCGGCCAUUACCAGGCGCUGGAUGAAGCCCACUUCUCACACCGCGUCACUGAGCUUGUCCGUCGGAAGUCCCUGGGAGAUCCACCGAACGAGGAGCAACAUAACCAACGGACGUGUCAUUGACUUGUACACAAAGUCUGGCUCGCUGGGCCGGUACAAUUCGUUGCUGGUGCUUAUUCCGGAUUUCCAAAUCACCUUUUCUAUCUUGACGGCUGGCAUCACCAGCGGCCCCGCCAUAAAGGUAGCCACAGAAUUGGUGACAUCAUCCCUCCUGCCUGCUCUCGAGAAAAUCAGCGGCAUCCAAGCCUGUGAGAACCUCUGCGGGACAUACGCGUCAACCAUAAAGCAGGAAAACUCCUCCAUCAGUAUCACGGCCGACGAGGAAGGGCUUCUAGUUAAAAGCUGGAUCAGCCGAGGCGUCGACAUUCAACAAGUAGCACAAGGCAUGGUGGAAGAUGGAGAACUGCAAGCCAUACGACUCCAGGUGACCAAUCUCCAUACGUCGACGUCUUCUCAUGGGAAAAAAUCUGGUCACGUUUCGUAUCGGGCGCUCUUUAUGACAACUUCCAAAGGCAACAAUUUUCACAUCUUGGAUGAUGCCCCAGAGCAAUGGUCUAAUGUUGACAGUGUCAACUAUGGGAAUGUUGCUGCCGAUGACUUCGUUUUCAGCCUGAACCAAGAUGGUAAGGCUGCAAAUCUGGAAGUGAGGGUUCUGAGGGAGACCUUCAAGAAGCAGAAGUAA